AUGGCCGCUCCGGCCAGCACCACAACGACCCCCGACGCCGCUGACCCCACGGCCACCCCAAUGUCGGAGCCCCACCAGAGUGCCGUCGCUACUGAGGCCGAGAAUCCGCAGAAUCCCAUGCUCAACCACCCUCACCAGCCCUCGCCGCUGGUCUCCCUCGUGCCCCCCUCGUCGCGUCACCACCGCCGCCGCCGGCCCGCCCGCGUCCUCCGCCUCUUCCGCUCCCUAUGCCGCACCCUCCCAAUCUUCACUCCCAGGUGCAAGUUCUCACAGCCCUGCGGCCGCAGCUCCUCUACCGCAGUCGGCCCAUUCGUCAUCUGCACCCCUUCCGCCUCCCCCCUCUCCUCCGACAUCCGACGCCGCAGCCGCCACCUCGUCACAGGCACCCUCUUCGGCUACCGCAAUGGCCGCGUGUCGUUCUCCCUCCAGGAGAACUCCCGGUGCCUGCCCUCCCUCGUCGUCGAGCUCUCCAUGCAGACCCAGGCGCUCCUACGUGAGAUGAGCACCGGCAUGUUGCGCAUCGCCCUGGAGUGCGAGAGGAAGCCUCCCGAGCACGGCAAGGACGGGCACUCGUCGUCGCCGAGCCUCCUGGACGAGUCGCUCUGGACCAUGUUCUGCAACGGGAAGAAGUGCGGGUACGGCGUCCGGCGGGAUGCGUCGGAGGGGGACCUGAUGGUGAUGGAGACGCUGCGGGCGGUGUCGAUGGGGGCCGGCGUGCUGCCAUCCAAGACCGACGCGGAGGGGGAGAUGGCUUACGUGAGGGCGGGGUUCGAGCACGUCAUCGGGUCGAGGGACUCGGAGACGCUAUACAUGACGGGCCCCGACGACGGCGACGGCCCCGAUCUCACCAUCUUUUUCGUCAGACUAUGAAAGGCCUCUAUUUGCGUGUUUUCUUGUCGGUUAAUUAUCUAUGUGAGGGGAGUGUAUGUUUUGAUUGAGGAGUUGGCACCUAUCAUCAUUCAUUCAAUAACGACGACAUUAUUUACAGGGGAAUUGAUUGAGGAGUUGAUUGGUUGUGUUUACAGGGGAAUUUAGAACUUAGUCCAAAUAUAGUGAUCAUCGGUACGAUGAUCUUUCUAUUGUAGUAGUAAUAUGGUCACAACUUUUCGACUCCUUAUGAUGAUUUGCCAGAUUUCCUACUG